CGCUCCUCCACGUUGCAGAGGUUUUCAUUCACCUCAGCGUAGCUCAGCUGUGCUUAGGAGUAAAACAGCCUGAAGGUUCUGAUUGUAGAGGUUCUUCAGCACAAAUAAGUGAACUUUCCGGUCAUUUUUGGGUCAGUAUGGCUCCGAGCAAAGCUCCUGCUGGAGUGCCGAGGUGGGAAGGGCUCGCUCGUGUUCUGCUUUGCUUUUUAGGUUUGUUUUUGUCGGUUUAUGCGCUCCACGUUGAGCUUUCUCGGGAAAACGACCCCGAAUACCGAGCCAUGUGUGACCUGGCUGAGUCGGUGAGCUGCUCCAAAGUCUUCACCUCCAGGUGGGGACGUGGAUUUGGACUUGUCCAGCUUGUUGUUGCCAAGGACAGUGCACUUAACCAGCCUAACAGUUUGCUGGGCAUCGUUUUCUACAGCCUGCAGCUGGGCCUGGGUCAGAUGGCGUCCAGUACAGCAGCUCAGGUCCUGGUGAUGAUGUCCUGGGUGUCAGUAGCCGGCUCCGUAUAUCUGGCUGCUAUUCUGGCGUUUGUUCUUGGUGAUUUCUGCGUGGUUUGCGUCUCAACGUACAUUAUCAACUUCGCUCUGCUGUACACCAACAUGAAGAGAAGAACAGGGCUUCAGAAAGACAAGACCGGCUGAGGGGUCUCCCGCUGUGUGAGUCACGCCUCUCUUAAAGGGCCCAUAUCAUUAAAAAACUGACUUUACCUCACGUUUUUAAAAUAAGAGUUUAAUAUAGGAUGUAAGGCAUUAUUCUAAAAAAAGAAACAAUAAUAAUAUAUUUUUUUUAAAAAUGCUUUGUACUACCUGAUGCAGCUAGUAUGGAGCUUCUCAGCAGGUGUGUGGUCACCUUUCUAUGCUCUCUUCUUUGUAAUAAACAGAUAAGAAGCCGUCAGAUGCAGGCUCUAGACUGCCCUCUGGUGGAGAACAGAGUUCAAACAGAGUUUAAACUGCAUGACUUUUCAAAAUUUAAGGUUUUAAAUGUACCAUUUACUUCCCAGUACAUACAGUCUAUAUAUAUGGGAACUAAGCUGCAAAAACAUUUUAAACCUUUAAAUUCUCUACUUUUGUGAUGUCACAAAAAACAUCACAUUUGCAUGUAUACACCUGUUCAGCCUACAGCUGUUUAGCCCCAUCAUCCAUGCUGAGGCUGUAAGGAGGGUUUUAACCUAGAUUGCUUUCAGAAUGUGAUACAGUACAGGCCAGCCUAUCAGAACAGAGCUCAUUAACAUAUAUCAGUCUUAAAGGUACAGCCUGAGUAAUUUUACACUCUUAGAAAUAAAGGUACUAAACUGUCAACUGAACCAUAAUCCACUGAAAUGAUAUGUUCUAAGCUGUACUGACUCCACACACCCCGUCUCGUCUCCAGGCUUUUAUUUUACUGUUCUGUUUAAAACAUUCGGUUAUGAAAAGGUACAAAUACGAACUUUUAUGGAGUGGAAAAACUUAUUUAAGGUUCACAAUCAGACCUUAGAACCACUGUUGGAGCUUUGAGGGAACAUUUACACUGUUUGUACCUUGAUGAAUGGAAAAUGUUCCUGAACAGAACCUUUAUUUCUAACAGUGUAAGGGAUAAAGAGAGGUUGAAAAAAUGAAUUAUGACUGUUCUUGAUAUGUGAAGGGUAUGGGCCCUUUAAUGGGAGCUGCUAAGACCAACAGGGGCAUUGGGUAUAAUGUCAAAGCUGAUGUGAUUUUUUAUAAUGUAUGUGAACUGUAGCUGUUUGAAAUGGUACCACACGAUAAGCUGUGCAGUGUUCGGCAUCCUUCGCCUGUCAGAUUGUUACACAGAAGCACAAACGAUGUGAUAAGUUGACUAUUUUGCCUACUUAAUUAAAGACUUACUACAACAGUAAA